UUUUCAUUCUUCUUCUUGGUUUUGUUUUCAGCUCUUGCUUCUUUACUUCUUGGUUAAAAGAUUACAAAAAAAUUUGAUUUUUUUUCUUUUACUCUGAACAAGAUGAUUCGCCAUGGAAGCUUCAAGCUCUGAUGAUGUUUACUUCUGAUACCAACCGAUAAAGACACGAUUUUUCUCAAAGCUUACGACCUGCAUUUUCUCUGUUUUAUCAAAAAUGUCGAAUCUUUCAGCAAGAACAGGACGAGACCAUCAACGUUAUGACAACAACUUCCGUCUUGUUUCUGGAUGUAUACCUUAUAGGAUGGUGAGAGAUGAAGAGGAGGAGGACUCAACAAGUGUUGACUUUGAAAACAAGCUUGAAGUUCUUAUGGUUUCAUCUCCUAAUCGUCACGAUCUUGUUUUCCCAAAGGGAGGAUGGGAAGAUGAUGAGACUGUUCUUGAAGCUGCUUCUCGUGAAGCCAUGGAAGAAGCAGGAGUUAAAGGAAUACUAAGAGAAGAUCCGUUAGGAGUUUGGGAAUUUAGAAGCAAGAGUAGCAGUAUGGAAGCUGAGUGCCGCUUAGCUGGUAGAUGCAAAGGUUAUAUGUUUGCGUUAGAGGUGAAGGAAGAGCUUGCGAUAUGGCCAGAGCAAGAAAACCGCGAGAGGAGAUGGUUGAAUGUUAAAGAAGCCUUGGAGCUGUGUCGGUAUGAGUGGAUGCAGAGCGCGCUUGAAGAGUUUCUACGAGUAAUGUCAGAAGAAGGAAGCACAAAGGAAGACUUUCUUGCCCUUUCCAGCAUUUCAAGUAGAGGAGAGCGUCAAAUCGAUCCUCAGUACUGCUCUGUAGUUAAUUAGUUUCGUUUCUCUAGGCUUAUCAACUUUCUCAAUUGUAAUAUAUUAUUGAAAGCUUCUUCUGUAAACAAAGUUAAACAUGAGAAGCAAACGACUUAAGACCCUGUGACUUGAAUAUGUUUCUCAACAGAGAUUAUAUUAAUUC